GGGCGGGCUGCCGGCAUAAAGGCCGGGCCGGGCCGGGCCGGGCCGUGUCGCUCCGCCCUGCCGUUCCCGCUGCCUCAGCCCGCCGCUCGCACCCGCCCCGGCGCCGCCUAUCGCUGCGCCACGCCGGGCAGGCGGGGGUGCCCUCUCUGCCCUUCAGCCCUGCAGGCGGAGGUAUCUGAAGAAACAGCCUCAAGAUGAACUUCUUGCUGGAAACAUUCAAAGUAAUCGGACUUACUGUUUAUUACUUGCUGGAGUCGCUAGUGUUCCUGAUUGUGCCUAGACGGAAGAAGAAUGUUAGUGGUGAAAUCGUAUUAAUAACAGGAGCAGGAAGUGGCAUUGGGAAACUGUUAUCUUUAAAAUUUGCUAGCCUUGGAGCUACAGUGGUACUCUGGGACAUCAAUCAAGAGGGACUCAAGGAGACAAGUAGGCUGGCCAGAGAAAAUGGAGCAGCGAGAAUACACUGUUACAUCUGUGACUGCAGCAAAAGGCAGGAUGUCUACAGAGUAGCUGAUCAGGUUAAAAAAGAAGUUGGUGAUGUUAGCAUCCUAGUCAACAACGCUGGUAUUGUAACUGGGAAGAAGUUUCUUGAUUGUCCAGAUUCACUUGUGGAAAAAAGCAUGGAAGUGAACAUAAUGGCACACUUCUGGACUUACAAAGCCUUCCUCCCAGCAAUGAUGGCCUCUAACCAUGGACACUUGGUUAGUAUUGCAAGCUCAGCAGGACUGACUGGAGUCAAUCGUCUUUCAGAUUAUUGUGCAAGUAAAUUUGCAGCAGUUGGUUUUGCUGAGUCGGUUGAUUUGGAGUUGAGAGAUCUGAGAAGGACUGGUGUUAAAACCACAAUUGUGUGUCCUUACUACAUAAACACAGGAAUGUUUGAUGGCUGUAGAACCAAGUGGCCACGUCUGCUUCCUGUUCUGGAGUCGGAAUACGUGGCUGAGAAGAUAAUCACUGCUAUUCGGAGGGACCAAGAAAUGUUGCUGCUACCACGCAGUCUUUAUUUUAUAUUACCUUUGAGACAUAUCCUACCAGUGAAAGUAACUGUUCUCUUUGCGGACUAUUUGGGAGUCUUCAAUGUCAUGGAUAGCUUCAAAGGUCGAGCGAAGAAGGACUGAAAAAGCACAAAAUUCUGAGACGAGCAACUCUAAAGUGGACCUUGUUGAAGGUGGUGGUGGUAAAGGUUUGCUUCUUUAGCAGCUAUGAACUUAAGGUGCCUCACUUCUCAUUAGUAACAUUUUUUAAGGAAAUUGCUUUUUAAUUGCUGUAAAUCAACAACUUUCACUCAAACGUGUUUUUUUUUUUAAUCCAGUGAACUGUUUUCUUCUCACCUCAUUAUGGAAAUUUGUUCCAUUGAUUUGUUAUAAUGCCUUAAAUAUGAUCCUGCAUCACAAACUAAUAGUUGACAACUUCUGGGGGAGAAGGGACGAAGAAACCAUGUGUGUUUGGAAGGGAGCCAGGAAAGCCUUUAGCGGACCUGACUUCUUGCUGCCAUUCACUGAACCAUGAAGAGGGCCUGUACUGCUGGUGCCGUUACCAUUCCCUGGUAAGCUGAGGAAUUCAAGAGUUUCCUGAAACAACAGAUUCAAAUUUAUCCAAAUGGAAGUUUUGUGACAUGAAAGUAUGUGCUGUGUUGGUGCAAAACCAAUGAAAUAUAUUAAUUUGUGGAGGUGAUGAUCUUGGAGUCACAGAUGACUGGAUGUCAGGGCAGGGAGGGUGAAAGAUGUAAAUUAUGUAUUUGUGCCAAUCUACUUUUGUUCAAUUUAUUUUAAAAGCUAAUACUAUGACUGCAACUUUGUAGUAGAGUUCUUUGUAUCUUUUAAGUGCAACAUUUUAAGAACAAUAUUACAUUUUUGUCUCCUAAGCCAAAUAAACUUGUAGCUAUAAAGCAUAGGGCUGCCAGUCUAGGUGGACUGUCAAAUGUCUUGCCAAGUAAGACAAUGAGCUACUAAAAGCAAAGGUAUUACAUCGUAUAAUCAGGGCUUCUCUUGGCGUUAUUUCAGAAAGGAAUGAUGCUGAAAGUACGGGAGUGCAUGGGAUCAUUACAGCCAUAGCUUGAGCAACAGUGUCUUGCUUCUCUGAAUUGGGUGGCAGGUUGCCUUGUGUCUACAGAGACUUGUUUUACUUUAUUCUUAGGACUACCCAUUUAUUUUGAACAUAUGCUGAGGAGACCUUGCCCUUUUUGACAAUGGGCACUUAGUAAACUGAAAGCCUCCUUGACUUUUCUAAAUCCAAAACAAGAGAAAGGAAUAUAUUUAAAUGUAUGUCACUUAUGCACAUGUUGGCUAAGCCCACCUUGUGUCGUGGUACUCUGCUGGCAAUCAGUAACACCUGCAAACUAAGACUAAAAUGCAUUAGCAUGCACUUAAUUGAAGAACAUUAUGAAGAAAAGGGUGAGUUUUUUAAUGUUGGUUUGUUUGUGGGUUUUUUUUUUCCAUGAUAGCCUAGAAACUACCUUCAUUUUCUUUGUCUAUACGAUUAGAGAGGUUUACCAAUGGAGAAGGGUUUACAUAGCACUACUUUACUACUGAUAGGCAAGAAACCAAAUAAAACAAGUGCAUUAAAAAUAGCCUUUAUGAUGGACUGAUGAAAGUCAGAAUUCAGACUGAUGAAGAAGAUAUUUGUCUUACUGUCCCUUCAGACCUGCAACUGUCCUACCUCAGAAAUUCUGCUCAUACAGUGCACUUCAGGACAUAAAGUUACUAAUUAAAAAUCAGAUAUUGCUGAAAUGUGCUGUCCAUAUGUACAUUACACUGUUCACAAAGUCAACACUAGUGUGGUGUAUCUGUGUCUUGCAGACUCCUCGCCUUUUUAUACUAACAGCACACUUUUGCUUCCUAACUAUGAAACAUUAAGCAUGCAGGAUUCUGGAGCAAAGAACUGGAUUAUACAUAUGAACAGUAUAUAUCAAACUUCAGCUUUUGUGGGAGCAAGUAGUUUUUCAUUUUUAGUGUCUCUGCAAACAGGUUCUGCUGAGGGAAGUUGAAAGCAGAGUCUGGCUGUGGGAUCUGUGGAUUAUCAGUAGGUUCAGGUUUGUCACACCACUAGGAGGAUUUUACCUGAAAAUCUGCCAGAGAAGUACAUCUCCGUAGGGAUUUUACUAAUUCACAGAAUCAUUGAGCUUAGAAAGAACUGCUACUCAAAGCAAAGUCAAUUAGAGCAGGUUACUCAGUACCAUCUCCAGUCAAGUUUUGAAUAUCUCUGAGGCUGGAGACUCUACCAUCUCUCUGAGCAACCUGUUCCAGUGUGUGUUCACACUCAAUUUAAAAACAAAUAAAUACAAAUUAUGUUUAAAUUGAA